GUCACACCACGCGCAGACUCACGCACACGGGCAUCGGACGAUGGGCCGAGCCUCGAGCGUCGCCUUCAGUGUGAGGGACCGAGGGAGCUCACACUUGGUCCGGGAUUCUGUCCGGGGGGAAACAUGCAGAGAGUCGUGAUCGUAACCGGCGCGAACAGCGGCAUUGGCCUGGCGCUGUGCGAGAGGCUGCUGACUGAGGACGGCCAGCUGCGCCUGUGUCUGGCCUGCAGGAACAUGCAGCGGGCCGAGGCUGCCCGCUCCGCCCUGCUGGCCUCUCACACCGAUGCACACGUGGACCUGCUGCACCUUGACGUGGGCUCUGUGCAGUCGGUCCUCGCUGCGGCUGAGGAGGUCAAGGCCAGGUACAGCAGAAUUGACUUCCUGUAUCUGAAUGCAGGAAUCAUGCCCAAUCCACAAGUGGAUGUCAAAGCUUUUAUCAAGGGUCUGUUCUCUACGAAUGUCAUCAACAUGUUCGCAACAGCACAGGGUCUCUUAACGCAACAGGAUCGCGUCAACUCAGACGGACUGCAGGAAGUUUUUGCCACCAACGUCUUCGGUCAUUUUCUUCUGAUCAGGGAGCUGGAGCCUCUGCUGUGUCAGGCAGGACAAACCUCCAGGGUGGUGUGGACCUCUUCGAGUAACGCUCAGCGCUCUGCCUUCAGCAUCGAGGACUUGCAGCACGUUAGCGGGUCGGAGCCGUACAGCUCCUCCAAGUACGCUUCAGACCUGCUCAGCGUGGCUCUCAGCCGACACAAGAGUGACCAGGGGCUGUUCUCCUCAGUGAUCUGCCCUGGACUGGUGAUGACUAAUCUGACCUAUGCCAUCCUGCCCUCAUUCCUCUGGACCCUCAUCAUGCCCAUCAUGAAAUUUAUCAGAAUCUUCACUAACACGUUCACACUAACGCCGUUCAACGGAGCGGAGGCACUGCACUGGCUGUUUCUUCAAACGCCAGAGUCUCUGGAUCCAAGAGCAAAGUAUCACAGUUUGACGUCAGGCCUCGGAACAAACUACACUCAGCCUCGACCAAUGGACGUCGAUGACGAGAUGUCCGAGGCUCUCUAUUCAGAACUCCUUGAGCUCGAGAAAGUGGUUAGAAGGAAACUGAGUGAGAGAAAUGCUGAUGACUAAGCAUCAUCAACAGUACCUCAGUGACGCAGAGUGAGUCUUUCGUAAUUGAAACGUGCUCUUGUUGAUUUCAUUCUUGCUAUUUUUAGCCACUGGAAUGUGUAAUUGUAUUUUUACAUGUGAAUGAAACAGCCAUAUUCUACUUCAGUCAUGUUGGCUCCAGGAUUUUUUCUUAAAAAGCUACUUCUGGAUUCACUGCACUUGGUAACGACCAUCAUGUGAAGGUCAGUCACAUGACAGCGAGACAUUUAAGGCCAUUUUUCAUUUUCAGUGUGUAAAUAAAAUACAAAAUUGUUGUAAAAAUUCAA